UACUCCAUAUCGUAUAUAUUAAACGAAGAAUGAAUUUAUGUGAUGCAUUCUAUAGUCGAUGUCGCCGUUCACCAGUUCCCAAACACACACGUCGCUGUGGACUGAAAGUGAGAUGCCAACGCGAGAGGGGCGUGAUGGCGGCGACAGAAUGCUACAUUGUGCACGAGAUCUACAAUGGGGAGAACGUGCAGGACCAGUUUGAGUACGAGUUGGAGCAGGCGCUGGAGGCCCAGUAUAAAUACAUUGUCAUCGAGCCCACGCGCAUCGGAGAUGAAACGGCCCGUUGGAUUUCCGUGGGCAACUGCCUGCACAAGACGGCCGUGUUGUCAGGUGCUGCUUGCCUCCUCACGCCCCUUUCACUGCCGGUCGAGUACUCGCGUUAUGUGGCGUUGCCCGCCGGCGCCCUCAGCGUGGCCUGCGCUGCCCUCUAUGGGAUUUCAUGGCAAUUUGACCCCUGCUGCAAGUACCAGGUGGAGUACGACAGCCAAAAACUCUCGCGGCUGCCCCUGCAUACACUCACCUCCUCGACGCCCGUUGUAUUGGUGCGCAGGGAUGAUGUCCACAGAAAGAGACUCCAUAACACGAUAGCACUGGCUGCCCUGGCAUAUUGCGCCAAGAAGAUCUACGAACUCUAUGCGGUAUGAGUGCACUCUGAAGAGGGUUUAAGAACCAACAGAAAAAAAGGAGAAAAACUAACAAAAAAAUAAGCGAACCUAUCCACCCCCAGAUGUAAGAAAAGUGGAAGUCCCGAUCAUGCCCAGCAGUUGGCUCCGAAAAUGUGGUGGGUGCUUCCAUUUUGAACUUUGAUCAGAGGGAUAUAGUUAAAACUAGAAGGAAUGGUUUUCCUUUACAUUUUCUUUACUUCUAUGUGACGACAACAGUACACUUAUUUCCGUAGUACCUUUUGCUCUCCUCCCCUGCGUCCUCCACCUGCAUCCUUGACACAACAGCAAGUGCACAAGGAUACGACAGCGGUUUCUCCGGAUUGAAUUGUUCUGCAGUUAAAACGGACCCACGUGUUUUCAGUAUCGAGCUCUCUCCCUUGUUGUUUUGCUGUACCCCCUUUCUUGCUGGUCAGUACAUCACCCUUUCAUUAAAACAUUAGGAUGUUUCAAACUAACUUUUCUGUAUUUUAUUUAACGUUUCUCAUUAAAUCCUACAAGAUGUUCAGAGACGAGAACAUAGUUUCACCCUAUUUGUCUUUUUCAAGUAGAUCUUGUUUAAAGAGUGUAGGAAAGAUCGUAUGUGACAAUGCUGUGGCUUAAUGUUUUGUUUUUUUUUUAAACACAGAAAUACUUCUGAAACGUCAAAUUUCACACAUGCUUCUAAUGUAUACUACAUUACCAAGACAAAACCCCAUAGUUAAAAUAGAAAAUUGAUUUGACGUUAUGGAUAACAAUUGCAGAGCCAAUUAUAAAUUCACUUCCUUACAUGUUCGUUGCUGUCUACAUCAGCAAUUUAAAAAUGUCAGAGAACGAGGUAAAAGUACAGUGGAGGAUGAGCUGUGAUAUAACAGGAUGCUUGUAACCGAUUAAUGAAAUGGAAUUCAGAUGUGAAUUAGCUGAAUAUCAAGAGCGACAGUGACCUCGUCAUGCUCACUGAAUUUAAGGUACAUCGCAUACAAAUGUUCACAAAAGGCUGAAUAAGUAUUGUUGACUUUGUCACCAGGAUUUGUUCAUGAAAGGUUUCCUAAGAAUUUUGUGUAAAUCCCUUAAAGUUCUAUCAAUGUAUCAAAUAAAUUGUAAACUUGC